AUGGCUGCAUCACCAAGUGAAAAGAGCAACUGGCUUAGCACAGUUUCUUUGGCAGUUCUUAUCUUUUUUCUUUCUCGAACAUUUUUACUUAAUGAGCUUUGUGCAGAUGGGUUAGCGUAUUCAAGUUCUGGUGUGGCAGAAGUGGAGGAAAGGAAACUGAUGGUUUUGGGUUCAAGGCCUCCUCAAUGUAUUAACAAGUGCUUCAGUUGCAGGCCGUGUACUGCAACUUUGGUUAUUCCUCCUCCUAAUCGUGAAGCGGCAAAGAGUAUUCAUGAUAAUUUAAUGGAGUCAUCGCCUUCACCCUUGAUAUCGGAACAAGAUGUUGAUGAUAAUGAACACUAUUAUCUUCUAUCAUGGAAAUGUAGAUGUGGAAAUAAAAUAUAUCAACCUUAA